GUGAACCAGACUCUACUCCUCCUCUACCUCGCUGUGUUCAGCGUUCGUGUUCCGGAGCGUCUCCGCUCCUUCCUGGUUUCAGUUCCUGGUCCAAACCCCGCCCACUGGCCUUCUGCGUCCUCAUUGGCCCAUAGCCUCGUUCAGCAUGGCGACCUGGAAGCCCUGCAGUUGCCACGCUCCUGGUUGGACGCCACGUCGCUAGGACGGGUCCUUCUUAGCAACGCUCCCAAGCACCUGAACUUCUCCCGUUGCCCCACGUUACGACAAACUGUCAUCCAAUCACUGACUGGCACCAGAGUGAGAGACUCGACGCGAUUGGUCAGCUUGAAUCUUAGUGGUAUAGGCCACACCUCCAAUUAUCCAGAGUGCAGUAGAGCGCGGGGAGAGGAGGAGCUUGUUGCCGAGGCGAUGAGCCGGCUGGUUAUUGGCUGUCCCAAUCUGUCACACCUCAACCUGUUACACACGCACUAUCACCACGACAACACACACACUCCUGGCCUGGAGGCCAACACACACCUGUGUACCAGCCUGGCCAAACUCACACACCUCAGGUCGCUGGCGCUGCCCGCCUGCGCCCUGUCGGACGGUUCACACACACCGUCCCUUUCCCCGUCCCCGUCCUCGCUGCUGCUGGGGCUGAGGAAGCCGUCCCGCGUUGGGCUCCAGACCUACAGGCCAGGCUCCGAGGACUCUCUCCCCAGGGAGGGCACCUCUGGGCUGGGUACCCUGCUGGCCGGCUGCCCCUGUCUGGAAGUUCUGGAGUUAACAGGACCGGGCUUCAUCUCCGCCCUGCCGCGUCUGGAGCCCUGCGCCAGGGUGUGUGUGGAUCAGAGGACGUGUGUGAACGCCCGCGGGGUCGGGGACACGCACGUCGCCGCUCUGCGGGGUUUCCGGGGGCUGCGGAGGCUGACGCUGGCGGGGCUGCCGGGGGUCCUGAAGGGGACCGGGCUGGUACAGGUGGCUGAACACUGCAGGGACCUACGGGCAUUAUCUCUGGCCAACCUGGGGUCCUUAAAGACCUGGAACUACAGCGCCGCCCUGCUGGACACACUGAGGAACUGCACCCAGCUCACCCAGCUACGGUUGGAGCAGCCCUACCUGGUGUGUAACGGUGCAUUCUGGGAGGCGUUGUCAUGCUGCUCUCGUCUCCGCCGCCUCUGUCUCAUCUCGCGGAACGGAACCUUCCACCCCGCUGCCGUGGUUACCUUCAUGGAGUGUUGCCGUGACGUCAUGGUGUGUCACAUGUUCUUGGGCGGAACUCUGGUGGCGUGUCGCGCGCUACAGAAAACACUGCUAGAUCGCUUCUCUGUGGAGCGUCCGGCCCUCAGUGUGGUCAUCUACCCUCUGCUCCAUGAAGACCUUCCAUUGGUCAUCAGAGACAUGCCCCUCCCACUGCUCGAUCAGCUGACCCUCUUCCAGAGCCGCGUUGCCCAGGCCCCGCCCUCGUCACAGUUGGGACACCAGAGGGCAAAGAGGCAACUAUCCAAUCAGAGCCCAUCGUCACCGUGGUGAUGCCAGAAAGUGAAGAAGCAUCUAGCCAAUCACAGCCCCUCAGACCUCAUCACCGUGGUGAUGCCAGAGAUUGAAGAGGCAUCUAGCCAAUCACAGCCCUUCACGGGUCCCACCCAGACCCGAAGUGCAUAAAUUAUUUUGUUUAAUAUAGAGACCUGAUCCGAGGACAACUAGACCCGUUCCAUAUAGACCUGGUUGGAUCCAGACCCGAUCUGAGUGAGGGGGAGAAAAGCAGAAAAGUCAUUUUUUUAAACUACUUUAUUAAUCGGAGCUGAUGAAGUGUGAGAGGUUGGAGAGAGGUGCCUCUAGCAGGGAGAGAGAGGUGCCUCUAGCAGGGAGAGAGAGGUGCCUCUAGCAGGGAGAGAGAGGUGCCUCUAGCAGGGAGGGAGAGAGAGAGGUGCCUCUAGCAGGGAGAGAGAGAGAGAGAGGUGCCUCUAGCAGGGAGGGAGAGAGAGGUGCCUCUAGCAGGGAGAGAGAGAGAGAGGUGCCUCUAGCAGGGAGGGAGAGAGAGAGGUGCCUCUAGCAGGGAGAGAGAGAGAGGUGCCUCUAGCAGGGAGAGAGAGAGAGGUGCCUCUAGCAGGGAGGGAGAGAGAGGUGCCUCUAGCAGGGAGGGAGAGAGAGGUGCCUCUAGCAGGGAGGGAGAGAGAGGUGCCUCUAGCAGGGAGAGAGAGAGAGGUGCCUCUAGCAGGGAGAGAGAGAGAGGUGCCUCUAGCAGGGAGGGAGAGAGAGGUGCCUCUAGCAGGGAGGGAGAGAGAGGUGCCUCUAGCAGGGAGGGGGGGAGAGAUGCCUCUAGCAGGGAGGUUAACUAACUAAGUAACUGGUUCUAGGAUACAACCGUAAUCCUCUGGUUGAGAGAACAGGAGACCCAGAGAGACUGAAACACAGAACCAACUGGUCCUAGGAUACAACCAUAAUCCUCUGGGUGAGAGAACAGGAGACCCAGAGAGACUGAAACACAGAGCCAACUGGUCCUAGGAUACAACCAUAAUCCUCUGGGUGAGAGAACAGGAGACCCAGAGAGACUGAAACACAGAGCCAACUGGUCCUAGGAUACAACCGUAAUCCUCUGGGUGAGAGAACAGGAGACCCAGAGAGACUGAAACACAGAACCAACUGGUCCUAGGAUACAACUAUAAUCCUCUGGGUGAGAGAACAGGAGACCCAGAGAGACUGAAACACAGAACCAACUGGUCCUAGGAUACAACCAUAAUCCUCUGGGUGAGAGAACAGGAGACCCAGAGAGACUGAAACACAGAACCAACUGGUCCUAGGAUUCAACCAUAAUCCUCUGGGUGAGAGAACAGGAGACCCAGAGAGACUGAAACACAGAGCCAACUGGUCCUAGGAUACAACCGUAAUCCUCUGGGUGAGAGAACAGGAGACCCAGAGAGACUGAAACACAGAACCAACUGGUCCUAGGAUACAACCAUAAUCGUCUGGGUGAGAGAACAGGAGACCCAGAGAGACUGAAACACAGAACCAACUGGUCCUAGGAUUCAACCAUAAUCCUCUGGGUGAGAGAACAGGAGACCCAGAGAGACUGAAACACAGAGCCAACUGGUCCUAGGAUACAACCGUAAUCCUCUGGGUGAGAGAACAGGAGACCCAGAGAGACUGAAACACAGAACCAACUGGUCCUAGGAUACAACCAUAAUCCUCUGGGUGAGAGAACAGGAGACCCAGAGAGACUGAAACACAGAACCAACUGGUCCUAGGAUACAACCAUAAUCCUCUGGGUAAGAGAACAGGAGACCCAGAGAGACUGAAACACAGAACCAACUGGUCCCAGGAUACAACCAUAAUCCUCUGGGUGAAAGAACAGGAGACCCAGAGAGACUGAAACACAGAACCAACUGGUCCUAGGAUUCAACCAUAAUCCUCUGGGUGAGAGAACAGGAGACCCAGAGAGACUGAAACACAGAACCAACUGGUCCUAGGAUACAACCGUAAUCCUCUGGGUGAGAGAACAGGAGACCCAGAGAGACUGAAACACAGAACCAACUGGUCCUAGGAUACAACCGUAAUCCUCUGGGUGAGAGAACAGGAGACCCAGAGAGACUGAAACACAGAACCAACUGGUCCUAGGAUACAACCGUAAUCCUCUGGGUGAGAGAACAGGAGACCCAGAGAGACUGAAACACAGAACCAACUGGUCCCAGGUCUGUUGUCACGUCUCUGUUCCGUAUCAUCUGUAUGUUCUGUUAUGGUUACCGAUCUCAGGUUUGUGUGUUCUGUUAUGGUUACGGAUGACGGUUGUUAUGGUUACUGAUCACUUGUUUUAGUUUGCCAGUGUUUGGUGAAUGAUUACAUCUCCUGGUUAGUUUUCAGGAGCAUCUUAAGACUCAGUUCAUCGAUAAAACCUUUGUUAGGAGCAUCAUUAAAUCUCCUUAGCUGUUUUCCCAAAACCAUCAUUAUAUUAAUGUUGUCCUGGAAACGCUUGUUUUUUUUUACCAAAUUGACUACAAAUGCAAAGUUGCCAAUGUCUUUGCGAUUGUUCCAAACAUGGGAAAAGGAAAUGAAACUUCAAAUGAAAAGCGGAGAUGUGACCUCAUGACAUGAUGCCUACAGUACAGGAUCGGCCGGUAAAUUCAAUCCUAUUUGAAGUAAAUUUUUAAUGUUCAAUAAAUUCAGUUCUAUUUAGAUCA